CCGUCACUCUGUCGACGCGACUGGGCCAAGUAGAGCGUACAUACACAGUGCUGCAGCCUCCCGUGGCUGCCCUGGCCACCGUGCGUGCGCGCUCCGACCUGACGUCUGGUUCUCGACGCGUUGCCCUCAUUGUCUGCCGGCUGCCGUGCAUAGCCGUUAUCUGUUCUGUUCGACCCACUUGCUGCCAUUGCGCAACCCUCCCAAUCUCAACCCCGUGCUCGAUGCCCGCCGCGACUCCUUAACACACACUCCCAAUUGUCGCCAUGGUCGACUUGGAGAAGAACACGCCCCAUAAGAAGACACGGGUUGUGUCUGUCGUCGCCGCGACGACGAUUGCGCUUGCGUGCGGCACCAACUAUGCAUACUCGGCAUGGGCACCGCAAUUUGCCGACAAGCUGCAGCUCUCUGCCACCCAGAGCAACGUCAUCGGCACCGCAGCGAACAUGGGCAUGUACGCCUCGGGCAUACCAAUUGGCCUCAUCACCGAUAGGGUGAACCCCCGUCUCUCGGCUAUCAUUGGCAUGUUCUGCCUGCUGGUUGGAUACUACCCUAUCAAGAUGGCCUACGACGGCGGUCCAGGUUCUAUGAGCGUUGGCAUGAUAUCUUUCUACUCUUUCGUCACUGGAGUUGGCAGCUGUUCUGCAUUCCAGGCCGCACUGAAGACAGCAACAUUAAACUGGCCUACGCACCGCGGGUCGGCAACGGCUUUCCCUCUAGCAGCUUUCGGACUGAGUGCCUUCUUCUAUACUCUCAUUGCCGGCAUCGCAUUCCCCGGCAACACCUCCGGCCUGCUUACUAUGCUCUCAUUAGCGACCUCGUUACUCGUAUUUGUCUCUAUCCCAUUUCUCAUCAUCGUCGACCACAAGAGUGGAACGAGCUACACUGUCCUACCUACGAACGAGCGCACCCGCCGUGACUCAAACGUUUUGCAUCAGACCAAUCCGAACCGCAGCAAAUACAGCGCCACCGUGCUUCCCCCGCAAGAAGUCACAGAUGAAGAUGACCCAAGCCGAUCGUCGACCGAAACAUCUUCACUCCUUUCUGGCCCUGGAGACAUCGAUCCUGAGGAUGAUGCUGCAAGCAGACAUAGCAAGAAAUCAUCUCACUCACAUUGCUUAGACGUCACUGGAUUUGCGCUGCUUUACAAGCCGGAAUUUUGGCAACUCUGGAUCCUUAUGGGCCUGCUGACAGGCGUCGGCAUCAUGACGAUCAACAAUAUCGGUCACAAUGUCCAAGCUCUGUGGAAUCACUUUGACAAGAACGUGAGCAAAGACUUUGUCGCGCACCGCCAGCUGUUGCACGUUUCCAUUAUCUCGCUCGGCUCCUUCUUCGGUCGCUUAUCGUCAGGAAUUGGCUCAGACCUCAUCGUCAAGCGUCUUGGCCACUCGCGCUUCUGGUGCGUCGUCAUCGCAGCUUUCAUCUUCGCAAUCGACCAAUUUUGCGCGACCCGUAUCGAGAACCCAGACUAUCUUUGGGUCGUCUCCGGCCUCUGCGGUCUUGCGUACGGCGUCACUUUCGGUGUGCUUCCGGCAGUCGUCGUUGAUACUUUUGGUCCCGACGGAUUCUCAGUCAACUGGGGUUUCUUGACAAUGGCGCCGGUUGUCAGCGGUAACGUCUUCAACCUCUUCUAUGGCACCGUCUACGACUCAAACUCCAUCGUAGAACCGGAUGGCAACCGCAAUUGUGAGGAGGGACUACAGUGCUUUCAGAAGGCGUACUACAUUACGCUGCUGUCCAGUGUGCUCGGUAUUGCAGUAUGUCUGUGGGGCGUACAUGGAGAGCAUGUCAGAAAGAGAGAAGCGUUGGAAGAACUUGAAAGACACCGCGACGCAUGAAACACAACCUCCUGGAUUUUGGGAGCGAUAUUUCGGAUAUAGAAUAGACAGCGAUUUGUGUUCGACCACAACAAUCGGCAGGAAUUAAAGGAUAAGCCCUGUCGAGCCAGUGACUAUCUCAUCAUCGCCUGCUCGUCCUUUCCAUCCCCGGCGCCA